UUUGAUAACCUCAAUACAUUGUAGAUAUGUUAAUGACGUCUGCCAGUUACAUCUGAAACGAUUUAUUUAUUCAGUUGGAGAGUUGAAUACUCUGAACGGAUUCAAGUAAAGACGACAGCUGUUAUUAAAGUAUAUAAACAGUUCGCGUUCUUUUGAAGUUCGGAUGACACCUACCAUUGCAUAUCGAUAAACUUAAGGAAAAUGAACAAAACAGCCGGAUCUCACAUCUCAGGAGAUGCACAAUCGAUCACUUCAUGACUGAACUAAGAAAAUACUCUAAGAAAGCAAAGAAACAAAAAAAUACACAAAGAAUUUUAUUUCUCAACUUCAUCAUUUCUAGCCACCGACAUUUCUCACUGAAUUAAUAUUUCCUAAAUAUUGGAUCUUCAGUUUCUGCCACAUUUUAAAUGCAAAGAAUGGAUUACAUGGAAUGACUGAGCUUCGAAUAGAAAGUACAUUAUAAACACCACCACAAAGUUAUACUGCCUUAAUAUAAAAUAUAACUACACAACGAACAGCAACAGUAUUGAAAACAUAGCUUUCAAGGAAUUUACAAUCUCCUUUUAUCACAGCUACACUGAAACUUUUAUUAAAAACUAUUAUCCAACAUAUCAAAGAACGAAGUUGAACUGAACACACAUUUUUUUCAAUAACCCGUCUGUUACCAUACAUUUUUCUAGCGUUUAUUAUUUGUACGAUGUCUCAGAUUUACAGUUGACAAAGAAAGAAUUAGAAGUGAUACUAUUAAGACUCACUCGCGACCAUAUCUAAACAUUACGGAUUGCAAAACAAUUCCUGAAUAAUUUACUGUCUCAUCUCUUCACUUUCAUUAUUACUUUAUUAUUUGCCUGUAUUCAUUCCUUGACGCGAUGUUUUCUAUUCCUAAGUAAUGGUGAAACGAAGUUACUCACCAGAUACCAAACUGUGAGCCGAUACUUCCUUUUUAGUGAUUGGUAGAUGACGUCCAUGUUUAUCGAUAUUACAUUGCCUGAAUGUACUGUGAAAUGUAAUUGUACUAAAGAUAUCGUUAUCAAGUAUUUUGGAAGAAGAUGUAAUUCGAUAAAAUAUUCGGCUUCGAGAUCAAACAAAUCUUUUCUAUUUUGAAAUUGCAAAACAAUUAGAAAUUGACAAAAGUCACUAGACAAAAGUAUACAAGUAAGCCACUAAAUUGCAGUUACUGACUUAAAGGUUUCGUUUAAAUAUAAAAAGAUUGUAUUACUUAUGAAUUAAUAUAAUCUUAAAUUCUAAACAGCGGGAACAGCAUAAAGAGAAAUAAGAGAAUUUGAAUUUGCAAAAAUGUCUAAAUUUACCAGUGGCAUUAAGCGUUACUAUUCAUGUCGAUGGAGGAUAUGUUACGCUUGCACUGUGGCAUUACUUAUCAUGCAAACAUUAAGAGUCGAUAUAAGUAUGGCCUUUGUUUGUAUGAUGAAAACACCCAAUCGUACAAGUGAGGAAGUUAACGUUACUACAAACAACCAACAUUGUUCUGGUUUCGAUAAUGAUUCAUUUAAUCCAGACAUAGAAGGAGAGUUUGAAUGGAGCGACACGUUACAAUCAAACAUACUGGCUGGAUACUUCUAUGGAUAUAUGGUAACUAAUAUUUUCGGUGGAGCAUUGGCAAAUAAAUAUGGUGGGAAAAAAACCGCUGCCGGUUCAAUUUUCUCAACAUCCAUUCUAGCCAUUCUUCACCCAAGUUUAACUCGAAUUAGUGGUUACUUUAUGCUUGUUCUAAGAAUAUUAACAGGUAUGGUAUCUGGACCUAUAUUUCCAGCAGUUUUUUCCCUAAUCGGACGUUGGGCCCCUCCAGAAGAGAACAGUGUAUUGAUUGGGCUUGCAUUUGCUGGUCAAAUUCUUGGUAAUAUUGUAGCCUUUCUUACUUCAAGUUACCUUUGUGUAUAUGGAUUUGAUAAUGGAUGGGGUUCGAUAUUUCAUAUAUUUGGUGGAUUAUCGUUGGUGUUUGGAUUUGUGUGGAUUUAUGUUGUUUACGAUAAUCCGGACGUUCAUCCAGCUAUUAGUGAAGAAGAACGUUUCUACUUAAACGACGCUAUAAAAUGUAAAAAUGUUGUUCAAAAAGUUCCUUGGAAACGGCUGAUUUCUUCCCCUGCAGUUUGGGCCAUUAAUAUUGGUUUGUUUGCUUAUAAUUGGAUAGAUAUGUCCUUUCAGACAUUGCUACCUCUCUAUAUGAAAGAAGCCUUAAACAUUAAAACAACAUCGAACGGUUUAAUGUCAUCUGCUCCUUCCAUGGGACAAAUGUUUGCUCUACCUUUAUGUGGAAAAUUCGCUGACAUUUUGCGUUCAAAGAAAUAUCUGUCAAACCGUUCCGUUCGCGUUUUAUUCCAAACUUUUUCGAUGCUUACAUCUGCGUGUAUACUGAUUACCAUAGGAUUUCUCAGAUGUGACCAAACCAUUCUAAUAAGUGUCCUGUUUUUGCUCAGUGGCAUCUCUCUGUCAUUUUCCAGUGGUGGAGUUAUUGCUAAUAACAUCGACAUCGCUCCAAGUUUUGCUGGUGUUGUGUAUUCAAUUGCUAAUGCGAUAUCUGCGCUCUCUGGCAGUAUUAGUUCCUUAUCUGCAAAGGCUCUCACCCCAAACGGUACACAAGAAGAAUGGCAGAUCGUGUUUGCCUUGUACAGUGGUAUUUGUGUAUUUGGUGCAAUAAUAUUUGCAAUAUUGGCAAGAGGAGAAAUCCAAGAAUGGGCAAUUAUAGAGGAGUCUGACUCGUCCGGUCAAUCAAACGACGCGAAAAGAAAUAAAACGGCUUAGCUACUAUUUUUUGUAUGUAUGUACACACACACACACACACACACACACACACACACACUCACACACACAUAUAUAUAUAUAUACAUAUAGGGAGAAUUCACAAAAAAAAAACAAAAGACGAAGACAGGUGGUGUAGACAACAAACAGAUGUAUUAGUUUAACGCUCGGGAAGUGAAAAAGUCUUUAACGUUUCGAGCCUACGCUUUUCCACAGAAAGGAACACAGAAAGAAACAAGGAGAGAAAAUAAAGAAUGUGUAGUGGUUAGCAAUACAUACAUACAUGUAUAUGUGCGUGUCUGUGUGAGUGUGUUUGUGCGC